AUGUCAUCACGAAGGUCGAUCUACUUCAACCCCGCGGCAGCAAAUGAGCGCAGUGCCUCCCCGCAAGUCGAAGGUCUAACAGCAUUCCAUCAAUCCUUCCCCAACUAUGCCCCAACUCCACUAGUCCAGCUCCCAGAGCUCGCAGCCGAGCUAGGCGUUGGCCACGUUCUCGUAAAAGACGAGAGCAACCGGUUCGGCCUACCAUCAUUCAAAGUCUUAGGCGCAUCAUGGGGCUGUUUCCGAGCAAUUGCCGCGCAACUCGGCCUACCUUCUACAAUCUCGCUCGAUGAACUUUCAAGCCGAGCAAAAGAAGCAUCAAUUAUCUUGACGACAGCCUCGAUGGGAAACCAUGGACGGGCAGUUGCGUUCAUGGCUCGACUCCUCGGUAUCGAGGCGCGGAUCUUCGUUCCUCGGUCUUUGAGCCAGUGGACUCGGGAUCUUAUCGCUGGGGAAGGGGCUCGGUUGGUUGUUGUUCAGGGCGACUAUGAUCAGGCCGUGCAGGAUGCUGUGGAUGAGACGCGGGUGGGACGGGGUGUACUUCUCAUCCAGGAUACGGCGUUUGAGGGGUAUGAAGGUGUCCCUACGUGGAUCGUGGAGGGAUAUUCUACUAUGAUGCACGAAGUUCAGAAUGAACUUGCUCGGCUUGGUCUAUCAGGUAGUCUGAUGAUUACCCCUGCAGGUGUGGGCAGCCUGGCGCAUGCGGUCGCGAAGCAUUGCAAGUCGCAGAGCACACCUAUGUCUGUAGUCGCUGUCGAGCCUGACACGGCUGCUUGUCUAUCUUCUAGCUUGACUGCUGGAAAGCCGGUUACUGUCCAAACUUCUUCCACGAUCAUGGAUGGUAUGGACUGCGGCACUGUAUCUUCUACCGCCUGGCCCGAUAUGCAGCGCCUGGUUGAUGCCUGCGUCACCGUCUCGUCUUAUGAGAGCCACUGCGCUGUGCAGUAUCUGACUUCUAAGUCUGUGGCAGCUGGGCCAUGUGGAGGUGCAUCAUUGGCCGCACUGCGACAGUUGGCUACAUCAAAGGAGGCCACGUCACUUCUGAACAAGGAUUCCGUGGUCAUUCUUCUCAGCACUGAAGGUGCACGCGAAUAUCCAGUCCCAAAAGACGUAUCUGUUGAAGAUGUCGUGGGAUUAACUCAAACUCUCACUCAAAUCAACUCUUCCAACCCGACCUUGUCUGUAACGGACGGAGUUGGUGAGACCGAAAUCGCAAACUAUCUCGCCGCCUGGUUUGCCCAUCGAGACAUCGAGUAUCACUGGAUUGAGAAGGUUGCUGGACGACCAUCUCUCGUGGGAGUCUUACGAGGCAGCGGAGGUGGCAAGUCUCUCAUGUUCAACGGCCACACAGACACCGUCAGUCUCUCUAGCUACGAGGCAGAUCCCCUAUCAGGGUCAAUUGGAACCAAGAAUGGCAAAGAGGUUAUCUUUGGCCGGGGCUGCCUCGAUAUGAAGGGGGGCCUGGCUGCAGGUUUAGCUGCCCUUGCAGCAACUAAAGCUAGCGGCCGCGUACCUCGAGGCGAUGUUAUUGUGGCUGCAGUAUCAGACGAGGAGGAUGCCUCGCAGGGAACUCAGGAUGUCAUUGAGGCUGGCUGGCGUGCCGAUGCUGCUGUACUUCCCGAGCCAACCCAAGCUGCGAUAUUUACUGCCCACAAAGGAUUCGUGUGGGUGGAAGUUGAUAUCCUGGGAGUUGCUGCGCACGGGUCCGACCCUGUAUCAGGAGAAGAUGCUAUCCUAUAUGCCGGAUCCUUCUUACAGGCAUUGGAGAAGUACCAAUCUCAGCUGCCAGUGGACGAUCUCCUGGGCCAGGGUUCGCUACAUUGUGGCUUGAUUCGGGGUGGUGAAGAGCCCUCAUCCUAUCCAGACAAGUGUACCAUCACAGUCGAAUUCCGCACUGUCCCAGCUCAAACGGAAGCGUCCAUCCUAGGAAAUAUCAGUGCGCUGCUGAAAGAUAUCGCUGAGCAGAAGCCUCGUUUCAAAUUUGCCGAGCCGCGUAUUACAAUGUCACGCCCUACACAGAAGGUGGCAGCUGAUCAUCCGUUCGUGCAGAAGGCGGUAGCUUGUGCCUCUGCCGUGCUGGGGAGUAAGCCCGCUGUCAAGGCUGGUCCAUUUUGGACCGAUGCGGCCUUGCUCGGCGCUGUUGGUAUCCCAUCCAUUGUAUAUGGCCCCGCAGGAGAGGGCCUCCACGCUAAGGAGGAAUGGGUCGAAGUUGAGAGUCUUCAACAUUUUGAGAAGGUGUUUACCCAGCUCGUGCAGGACCUUUGUUAUUGA